AUGCCCACGACGCGCUCACGCGCCUUACUCGACUCGUCCGCUGUCGAUAUCCCCCCCGUCCGGCGCCCUCCCCCUAAACGCUCCGCCUCCCACGCCUCCCUCCCUACCCCGCCGCGUACCGCGACCAAACGCAAACGUGCGCGCUCCCGUGCGACAGAUUCCGACGUCGACGAGGACGAGCAUGUACCUGCCAUCGGCGAGGAUGAACAUAGUGAUGACCCCGAACGCGAGCGAGCGAGCCGCCGCGAUGGCGACGGCGCACUCAUCAUCGGCCACAAAAAGCGCAAGACUCUCGACGCCAUCGCCGAGGAGCUCAGCGAGGCUGUCGUAGAAGAGGCCUUCUGGCUGGAUGAUCGCAACGCCAACGCAGGGAAGAGCCAGCUCGAGCCCAAGUCGCUGCCCCGCACCCGUGCGCGCUCACGGACGCGCUCGCCGUCCUCGUCGCCCCCGCCUGCCGCGCACCUCCUGCGCCGUGGCCACACCGGCCUCAUAUCGCCCCCGCCGUCGCGCCGCCAGCGCACCCGCGUCGGACGACGUCCUGUCACGCCCAGGCCCCGCGCGAGCACCAGCGGGAAGCCGAGCCUCUUCCCCAAGCGCGAUUCGCCGGACAAUCCCUUCCUGGCUGACACGCCGGAUGACUCUCCUACGACACCCGUGCGCGAGACGGACGCUGGCGCCAUGCCGCACACACCCGUGAAACAAGUCGAGAAGCCGACGCUCACUUGGGUCUUCCGGGGCAAGAAAGUGGAGCUCGCGAAUCCGCACUUCCAUGGCACAGCCGAGGAUGACGAGGAUGACGAGGAGACCGCCAAGCACUGUCUCCUGCCGGAGGGCCAUCCUGAUUAUAGCCCACCUCCAACGUACGCGCCCAAGCUUCUCUUCCCCGAGGCGCACAAACAUACCCGGCGGCGAGCACCAAAGGCACCUGUGCCCACCACGGAAAAGGCUUCCAUACCCAUGGAGGCCAAGGCUACCUCAAAGAUGAAGGCCAAGGCGGAGCCUGCAGAAGUUUCACCUUCUGACGCAGAUCCAAGCGACGAUGAACAUGAUGAUGAGGCAGUCGAGGAGUUGGUGGCGUCAACGGUAACAGAAGCGGCGGUACAGGCAGCAAUGGAGGAGCGCCUUGCGAAACGCAUCGAUGCUGCUACCGCGGCCGCGACGAGGACGAGGACACGCUCGCAAGCCGCGCCACGCCUCCCCGAGGUGAAGGACAGCGACAUUCCUCGCCGUGCGAUGGGCCCCGCCAGGGCGCCCAAGCCGGUCAAGAGCGUGGCGCGCUAA